AUGUUCUUGUUGUACGAAGGGAUUGACAGCCUGAAAUCCCUUUACGACCGUGCCGGGAAGACUUUCUCCGGCGGUCCUUCUGCGGCACAGGAUGUGCCGCGUCGUACUGCUCAACCAGACCCAUUACGUCAAUCAUCAUUUGGGAGCGGGGCUCCCAAGUAUCUCUGGACGGGGGAUAACCGCGCCACAGGACGAGGUAACUCGUCCGACAUCCGUUCACGUCGCAGUGGCUCAACAGCCGCUCAAUCAGAUAGCGCUGGCGACCGCGAGAGUCCUCCAAUGGAGGUGGAGGAGGAGGGAAAACGCUCUCCAAACUAUCGUGGGGGAGCGUGUGUCCCCGAGAGCCUCUUUGAUCGCGUAACUCUUGCGUUACACGGCGAUCUCGAACAUGAGCGGGACAGGCGUCUCCAACUGGAGGACACCGUCUUGAAGCAUCAAGCUGAGUUUGCCUUUGCUCAGCUUGAGAACAAGAGAGCUUUGACGUCUCUGCGUGACGAGCUAAGGGUAGCUCGUGUGGAUAUUGACCGGUCUCGGGAUGAGAUAGCUGCUCUUCAGACCCUUGUUGAUAUCCACCAUCGGGAGCACAAGGCUCUCUGCGAGAUGCUUGAGCGCAAGGGCGUUCUUCAUCGGAAGAAGCAGCGUACUGAUGGUACGGCUUAA